AUGAAAUAUACCCUUCAAACCUGCAUCUUCACUCACCAGACCAACCCCGCCCUGUCGGCGUGCAAUAGCAGCUGCAAUCCCCUGGAGAAGAAUUUGAAUACAUUGUGGGGGAAGGGAGGUGGGAAAUGGGCGCCUCAGUACCAAUACUGUCAGACAGAUGAUGCGUCUCUGGUCCAGUAUCAGGGUGGUUGUGCGAGUUGUCUGGAGAAGCAGGAUAACACCAAAGUAUUGGGCAACUUCUUGGGAGCGAUGGGAUCAGCGUGCGACAGCAAACCCAAUGCGACCAAGGACGAGACAGUCUCCCUCUCGCAAUCACUCUUCACAUUGACAUCAACUUCCCCAUCCCCUUCCUCUUCCUCUUCUCCGUCCUCGUCUCCUUCCACAACCUCAAACUCAGGACUAAGCUCAGGAGCUAAGAUUGGAAUUGGUAUUGGAGUCGGAGUCGGGGUCACAGCAUUGGGUGUGAUGGCUGGUAUCGUGUGGUUCUGUAUAAGACGUCGCCGUGCUCAGCCCCAGUCUGGAUCAUACAUGGCCCCGCCAGAAACACAGAGCUUCAGCGAACAUACGACGCAGCAGAAUUAUGUGCCGGAACUUCCGACUUCCGAUCCAAAGGGGCAACAGCCUACUGAAAUAGGCGGGAAACAGGUUGUGGCAGAGUUACCCGGUCAUAUGAGUUCAUGA